AUUUCUGGUCACGUGCUUUGCUGCGCCUGCGCUAUCCACCUGGGUGGAUAGGGCAGCAGUCGCCCCGCCCAGACUCCAUUUCCCAAUGUCCGCUGCGGUAGCGCGGAGAGUAACGGGCGUUGUAGUCCGGCUGCUCUUCUGGCUGGUCCAGCUACAUCGACUCGCAGGAUGUCGGAGGUGCGGCUGCCACCGCUACGCGCCCUGGAUGACUUCAUUCUGGGGUCGGCGCGUCUGGCGGCCCCGGAUCCAUGCGACCUGCAGCGAUGGUGCCAUCGCGUCAUCAACAACCUCCUCUACUAUCAAGCCAACUACCUUGUCUGCUUCGGCUUCGGUCUUGCUCUGGCUGGGUACGUGCGCCCGCUGCACACCCUCCUAAGCGCACUGGUAGUGGCGGUGGCCCUCGGGGUGCUGGUGUGGGCGGCUGAGAGUCGCGCAGCCGUGCGCCGCUGCCGCCGCAGUCACCCGGCCGCCUGCCUGGCUGCAGUGCUUGCCGUUGGCCUCCUGGUUCUCUGGGCUGCAGGCGGCGCUUGCACCUUCCUGUUCAGCAUUGCCGGGCCUGUGCUUUUGAUCCUGGUGCAUGCCUCGCUACGCCUGCGCAACCUCAAGAACAAGAUAGAGAACAAGAUUGAGAGCAUUGGUCUCAAGCGGACGCCAAUGGGGCUGCUACUGGAGGCGCUGGGACAAGAACAGGAGGCUGGAUCCUAGGGCCCUGGGCUCUAUACCCAAGACCUGGAGAAUGCCACCCCCCCCCCCGCCCCGACCCAUAACCAGGAUUCAAAGCACUUUCCCACCCCUUAAAAUAGGAGCCCCUUGUCCAGUUCAAAAAGCAGGGCAUCUGUAACUACCCCCCUGCCCCAGUCCCCAGAUCCAAAACUGGGAUAACCCUCAUACCCAGUCCCCAUUACCCAGGGGACCAGAGUCUUCCCCAGCCCUGAACCUGGGAUGCAGAGCCCACCCACAUCCAGCCCAAAACUGGGGCUUGAAGACCUGAGUAUACAUGGUCGACCUCAAACGAGACAGAGACACUCCCCCAACCCCAAUCUGGGACCCACUUGUCUCCCAUGCUCAGCCCCAAGGCUGGGAUGUGGGACCGAGGCAUUCUCAAAUCUUGAACCUUAGACCAAGGUUUUUCCAUGCCACACCCCAGCUUUGAACCCAGGCGAAAGCAUUGCCAAAUCUUGACCCUAGGACCUGAGUUUUCAGUCCCCCUCUGGGUGGAAAUCAGGUAUCCUGACCUUGUUGAACCCUUGGUCCCAAGUAACCCCACUCACCAGUCCCAUUUGCCUCCCUCCAGCUCUGCUUAGAGAUUAUGCCUCUCAUCCUCUGCCAAAGUUCCACAGUGGUGAGGACCAUGGGGGUGAGGGUAGCCCCAACUCGGAAUGAAGCAUAUGUAUCGGUGUUGCUGCAGCAAUAAAGGCUGUUACAUGGCUCAAGCCAAUUGGGCCUCCUGGAUAAA